CGUUGUUGUUUAUUUCUAGGCACGUCGGUAUUUCUUCGUAACAGGCAACCGACAGCCUUUUCCGACGUUAUUCUGAAACUAAAUGAGUUUUCCCGUCUCCCGGCGGAAGUGCUCGGUGGAAGCGCUACUGGACUCCAGCUAGCUGGCUAGGGCGUUGUUAGCGGCGAAAAGUGGGAUUUUCGGUACCUUUGCGAAAGUUCUGCGCUCGCACGAACGGCGGCCCGCGGCGGGAAAACGUCUUUUCGGUGUUCGCCGCGACUUGUAGGCGCCUCUGCGGCGGUUCGGCGGCGGUUUGCGGAGGGCUGGUCGCCAGUUUGCGUCCCGUUAGCUGGCCGCGCGGCUAGCCUGCUCCCAUCCUCGGGAAUUCUGCCGAGAAACGACCGAAUUGUGGAAACAUGGAGUCAAGGAGCGGCGCGCGCUGUUAGCCCACUUCCACGGAGUUUCUCCCCUCAAGAGGACUUUUUGAAGGACAUUACACGGAGACGUAUCUCAAGCCAAGCGGCGUCCACGCGCCGUCGUAUGUAUAUUUUCGGUCGCUGGUCGGCUCAUUGUUUGGAUCGGUACUUUGCUUAGUUUGCACACGAAGCAAAGUUUUUUUUUUGCUGAAAGAGCUCAUCUGUUUUGUUAGCUCGUAGCUGGCGAGACUCAGCGCCAGCCCGCCUGCCCGGUCGUGAGAAGGGGAUUUAAAAAAACCAAACAGUUGUUUUAUUUUAAUCUGCCAUCUCCUCGGAUCUGUUCGGACUUUAUUGAGGGCUCGCGCCGUUGCGAGAGUCGCCGCAGUUAUUUCGCUCACAAAGUCGGCGCUGAGCGUUGCACAUGGUCACGGGAGCGUCGGCGACCACAGACGCGGGCAGGCGGUACUGGGAGCAUUGGGAACCAAAUGGGACCGGAGGAAUUCCCAGCAUCUUAAAGAUCGCUUAGGCUCCGGAGUCAUUCAGCCGAUUCUGGGUGGUGGCACUCGGACUCCAUCGCAGGGCCAGCGCGUCUGUUACAGUGGGAUACGGACAGAUUACAGACUCCAGACCAGCGGUGAACUGGGAUGUGAAUGCGACCCAUUCACACGGGGAGUUCAUACAACUUGUGCCACCCGGAGAAGUGUAUUUAUUCCUGUUGCCAAAAUAUUCUCCAUUGCCGGAGUGGGAGAUAAUCUGUCUGUGCAGCUGAUACGACAGAGGCCCCGAUUGUUUUCAUAGAGGUCUGCGCGUUGGACUCCUUGCUGCGAUUCAUUUUUUUUUGACAACGCGUGUUGCUUGACAGAUUGACGCAAUUAGCGUGUCCUCAAGUGUCUGGACGUGUCCCGCGAUUCAUUUAUUCCCAGCGUCAUCCGCAAAAAAAGCCCAUUGCCCGCUUCGUACGAAUGCCAAGAGAACGACGCUCCGGGAAAUCGCCGCAUCACACUCUGGAAAAUGUUAAUCGGAUAUAAUUUUCUGCAAAUCUAGAACCGGAAGCCCAAUGAGUGACACACAGUCCAGCUUCACUGACAGGUUUCCCAAGAAAGCAAUCAGAACCAGCAGCAUACUCAGUAAAGACCACCCCCCAGACAAGAAACCCAAAAGUGACAAACCUGCACUUCCCUCCAAUGAGUUCGACCCUACAGAAGCUCUGGUGGUGCAGAAGAGUGGCAGCAGCAGUGUGCUAGCAGAGGGGAAGACUGAGUCCUGUGGUCUGGUCCAGCGAUGUGUAAUCAUCCAGAAAGAUGAAAAUGGCUUUGGGCUUACUGUCAGCGGUGACAACCCUGUGUUCGUGCAGCUUGUCAAAGAAGAUGGGGCUGCUAUGCGUGCAGGUGUACAGACAGGAGACAGGAUCAUCAAGGUUAACGGGACCCUCGUUACACAUUCUAAUCACAUUGAGGUGGUGAAGCUAAUAAAAUCUGGAUCCUAUGUGGCCCUCACAGUCUUGGGGCGCCCUCCAGGGCUCGCCCAGAUCCCUUUAUCUGAGGCAGAGUCUGAAAUGCUGGGUGUUAGCAUCUCCUCUCCAAACUCCCCGGCAACCGAACGCCCCUACAGUCCUCAGGACCGCCUCUCCUGCACGCAGUCAACAUGGGAUGAGAACAACAGUGUCGGCAACCAGAAGGUUGACAUCUUGCAAAGGAUGCUCUCAAAAGAGCAGCAGGAGCUGCAGGCCAUGAAGGAGGAGUACAGCCGGAACCCCUCCCCAAAACUACUGAAAGACAUCCAGGAAGCUAAAAAACACAUUCCUCAGCUGCAGGGUCAGCUCUUCAAGGCCGCCGGGACAGCACAGGAGGCUGUUCCAGGUGGGGAUGCAGAUGAUGGUAGCAUUUUUGAGACAGAGCCCAUUUAUGCCUCUAAGGGAGACAACACAGACCCGACUUGGAGCAGCACCCCUAUAUCUCGUGGAUUUGGACCUGGAUCACCUGAGAGCUUGUGUUACCCCAGCCCAAAGAGCACACCCCGGAACAGCUUCAACUCCUGCCACUCUCCAGAUGCAGAGGAUGCCACUGACCUGGAUUCUCUGUCCCCUACUACAGUCAACAGUCCUUCAUCUCGCCACGUCUCGCAUAUCAUUGGAGCUGAGGACGGCUAUUUUGAUUUGGACCAGGAACAGUCAAAUGGCCAGUGUAACAGCUUUAAUAGCAUAGAGCUGCUCAAGUCCCGCCCCGCUCACCUAGCUGCCUUCCUUCACCAUGUCAUCUCUCAGUUUGACCCUGCCCCUGUGCUGUGCUACCUCUAUGCCGACUUCUAUAAGCAGACCAACUCCAAAGAGACUAGACGAGUGUUCAUGGACCUUCACUCCUUCUUCAUUGACCGGGGAGCACAUUUAAAAGUUGCUGUUCCUGAAUCCAUAUCAUCUGAUCUUGACCGGAGGCGGACUGAACUGAUUCCAGAGGAAAUAAACAGGCAACAUGUACAGACCCUGCAGGACUCUUUGCUCUGUGACAUUCAGAAGAACCUGGAGGAUUUUAGGCAGAAGCGCAGCAUGGGCCUAACAGUGGCUGAAGUGGAACUAGCCAGACUGGAUCAGGAGAGAAUUCAAGACCGUGUCACUCUAGAGCGAGAACGCUCUUACGCUGAGAAUAUCAUCACCAAGAUAGAGGAUGUCCUGUUAACUACACAGACCACAGAAGAAGAGAAAUGCACUACAAUGCAGUACGUUAUCUAUACGUACAUGAAGCAUCUUGGCGUGAGGGUCAAGGAACCCCGCAGUCUCGAGUCCAAACGAGUACGGAUCAACUUUCUCCCCAAGAUCAAGAAAAGCAUCAAGACAGAUAAGGAAGGAGAAGAGAAGGUGAAAAAAACCAGAUUUCCCAGUAUUCUUGGUCCUCAGCGUCGCCCCAGUCGCAUUGAAGCUGGCCCAGUGGGUAAAGCCCUGGAUGGCCGACCACGGCCUCAGAAGCAGCUGUCUCAGCCUUCACUGGGGGCGAGUGAGCAAAACGAACCUGGUCGUCUGAGAGGCAGUCAGUCGAGCGAGGGCUCGGAACUAACGCACUCCAUGUCUGUGAACAGCUCAUCACCAAACAGCGCCACCUUUAGCUCUGACACGAGUCGGGAUGCUGAUAUGGGUGGAACCCCUAACGUCGGCCCCUCCAGGCUCAGCGACGGCCUUCAGGCCGACCCUCUGGAUGGUUUGCCAUACCCUGCGUCGCAAUUUGACUUUUAUAACCUGGACCAGGUACAAGAGGAGGACAGAGAAAGCGACAGACCACAUGAUGGAACACCAAAGGCGAUGAGAAAACUUGAAGGUCUGGGUGCUUCUGAUAUCCCAAGUGAAGAUGACCAGAGAACAGACUCAGAGCAAGAUCCCCCAAAUUGGCAGCAACUGGUGGGACAAGAGGUCUUAGCCAGUCUCAGACCGCAUGAGAUCAAGAGACAGGAAGUCAUUAAUGAGCUGUUUUACACAGAGCGUGCACAUGUGCGGAUGCUCAGAGUUUUGGACCACGUUUUCUACCAGAAGCUCUCCAAAGAGGCCAUCCUGCCUCCUGCUGAUAUCAAGAACAUCUUCACCAACCUGGAGGAGAUUUUACAGCUGCACGUUUCAAUACUGGAGCAAAUGACAGCCGUUCGGAAGAGAAACGAGUCCUCAGUAAUUGAUCAGAUAGGGGAUGACUUGCUCUGCUGGUUCAGCAUCGGGGAGGAGAAGAUCAAACAGGCAGUGGGGACGUUCUGCAGUAACCAGCCUUUCGCUCUGGAAAUCAUCAAGACCAAGCAGAAGAAAGACUCAAGGUUUACGUCAUUCAUCCAGGAAGCAGAGAGCAACCGUCUGUGUCGCCGGCUGCAGCUUAAGGACAUCAUUCCUGUGGAGAUGCAGCGUCUGACCAAGUACCCCCUGCUACUAGACAACAUCGCCAAGUACACAGACAACCUAGUGGAGAAGGACAAAGUGAAACGGGCAGCAGACUGCUGUAGGAAGAUACUCAAUCAUGUCAACCAGGCUGUGAAGGAAUCUGAAGACAAGCAGAGGCUGGAAGACUAUCAGAGGAGACUGGACCUUUCCUCUCUGAAGCAGACAGACAACCCUUUAAUCCUGGAGCUAAAGAACCUGGAUCUGACCAAGAGAACAUUGGUCCAUGAGGGAACACUGUCAUGGAAAGUGAACAGAGACAAGACUAUUGAGUUGUAUACACUCCUCCUGGAAGACAUCCUGGUUCUGCUGCAGAAGCAAGACGAGCGUCUCAUCCUGAAGUGUCACAGCAAAAACCUGACAGGCGCUCCAGAUACCAAACACUUCUACAGCCCCAUCAUCAGACUCAACACUGUGCUGGUGCGCUCUGUGGCCACAGACAACAAGUCCUUCUUCGUCCUUUCAAUGUCCGACGGAGCCCAGAUUUAUGAAUUGAUGGCGCCCACGGUCUCAGAUCAGAGAACGUGGCAGCGUCUAAUCACGCAAAGAGCUGACGCCAUGAAAGUCAAACCUCACACCAUCAUACCAUUACCUCAGAGCGACGGGGAGAGAGACGGUGUGGAGAUCAUUACAGCAGGUGUUUCCAGACUCAGCAGAGAUCCAGACCGUACAUCCACAGGCAGCACCCAGUCCACAGAUAAAGAGAGCAGUCCAGGCUCCAGAAGUGCAAUGCAAAGCUCCUUACCUGGUAAUACUCCGUUUGAAGGAGUAAAGGCAGAGGAGGAGGAGGAGGAGGAAGGCUUUGUGGACCCAGAGCUUCCGUACCAAGUGGCUGACGACGGCAGAGAGGGGGACUCGUUUGACAUGUUUCCCUCCAGAGCAGACGAAGCACUGAAAACCUUGGCAGCAUUAAAGCAAGUGUUGGUGACCCAGCUGAUGUCCCAGGAGGCUGCAGAGCAAACCAAACGCUCCACGGGGGCCCGUCUCCUCAGGACCACGUCCCUGCGGACCCCCGUGGACAGUCGCGCGCGGGUUAUGGUGCACAACGGCUCGGAGAAGAAUAGCUCUCAGACACGGGACGUAACUCAGGACAUGGGCUCUGGGGACACGGGCUUCUUUGACUCUCCUGAAGACUAUGCAGGAUAUUUAGUCCUGGAGGGUUACGGUGGCCCGGGGGAGAGCAGCACAGACGAUGACAUCCUGGCAUCAACCACGGGGAAGCAGCUGAGGACCUCGCAGGGCUGCGCUGCAGACUCUGGCAUCAACUUGAGGUUUUCAUCAGCGUCACAGGCUGGCAGCCUCUCUUCUUUCAGCAGACAGGUUCUGUCUCAUCUUCGGAACCUUCAGGCCAACCUCAACUAUCUGAAGGAGGUUGAGGCCAAGUACAAUAAUCUAAUACGCCAAAGGCCAGAGAGGUCGGCAGCAGACACAGAUGGAAAUAAAGGUAGCUCAAUUCAUGAUAAGAGAUAGUGGAGGCCUGUUCCACAGCUUUUGGCUCUGGUCCCAAAGAGGAAGUACUGACUCGUGGUCUGCUCCUACUUCUCGUGUCCUGGACUUUCUGGACAUCUUAUAAGCUUGCCCUCUCACUGCUGAGCCCCCAUAUGUUUUUUCCAUCACCGUCGCCCCCGGGUUGCCGUAGAAAGCGAGAGGCUGAGUGGGCAGAGACGCUUGAACGGAGGAGUCAUCUUUGUGAUGCCACACCUCCCUCCAUCUGCACAAGGCAAUCAGGGAAGUGGGAUUGCCCCCAAAACCUCCACCCUCUCCCAUAUAACUCCCAUUUCCCCCCCUGACCUCCAUGCAGGAAAGAGAACUUAUACCAAAAUGUAAAAAUAUGUGUGUUUAGAAUAUAUAUAUAUGAAACGCAAAACAAGAAAAGGAAAAUUUUAAGAUAAUGUAUUAAGAUUUUUUUUUAUCCCAAGAUGUAUUUAUUUUCUCUCUCUUCAUUUUUUAAAAGUGAUUCCCACAUUGCUUGCUUGCUUUUGACCAUGAUGUUACAUUUGUUUGGCUCCUUCUGCCGCUGCAGUCACGCAGGGUUAGUGUGAGUGUUGCGUGCACGCUAGCAUAGCGCGCCCUGAUGAAGUAGCAGCCGUUUAUUCAGACUGAUAGCGGCCAGAGUUGCACUGGUGAUGGAGAGAUACUGUUGCGUUACACCCUCUUGAACUGUGUUAAAAAGUCAGAUAAAUUUCGGAUAAAUUCUGGGUGUGGUGUUAACUAGAAUGAAGAGUGAAGGCUCUGAUCUGGUCCUGUUACAUUUCUGUGCUGACAUCUUCCUCCUCCCUCCUCAUCCUCCACAUGGAGCAUGCUUUGCCUCUCGUCUGUCACUGUGUGUGUAUGUGUGAUUCUCCUCUUUUAAUUUGCUCACAGACACUUCUGGGUGUCACCCUCCUUUUUGUUUUCUCACAGCCCAGCAGCUCUCGUGCUUAUUUAUCCCAGCCUACUCUAUACAUCAUGCCUUCUCGUGUGUCCCCUUGCCCCUCUUUCGACAUCUCUAUCAGCCUCCGACAGAAGUGAUGCUUCUUUCUGCUCCUGUUGGUGAUGCUUAAAUCUGCCUGAUAUUCUAAUAAUGUCAUGAAGUUCAACAUAUAAUGUACAAUGAUCAAGUUGAAGGUUAUGCAUAACUUUAAUAAAUGGUGUCAUGACGCAUUGGAAAGUGA